AUGAGUAAGAUCAUAUUGUGGAGUUUUCUGCUGUUUUUUUCUGGAAGUCAAGCUUCAAGAACUGUGGCUCAACAAAAUGCUGAAUUUGCAGUGGAUCUUUAUAAAGCUAUUUGUUUAUCCCACAAGAGCAACAUUAUAUUUUCACCUCUUGGAACAACUGUGCUUCUUGGAAUGGUCCAAUUAGGUGCAAAAGGAAAAGCACAACAGCAGAUCCUGCAAACUUUGAGGAUGCAGAAUACGUCAACAGGAGAGGGAUUUUCUGUGCUAAAGUCACUUUUUUCAGCCAUCUCAAAGAAGAAACAGGAAUUUACAUUUAAUCUUGCCAGUGCCCUCUACCUUCAAGAAGGAUUCAUUGUGAAGCAAACAUAUCUCCAUGGCAACAAGGAGUUUUUUCAGAGUGCUACACAACUGGUGGAUUUUCUGGAUGCAAAAACUUGUGCACAGGCAAUAAGCACCUGGGUAGAAAGCAAAACAGAUGGAAAAAUAAAAAAUAUGUUUUCAGAGGAAGAAUUUGGUCCCCUGACUCGCUUGGUCCUAGUAAAUGCCAUUUAUUCCAAGGGAGACUGGAGGCAAAAAUUCAGAAAAGAAGAUACAGAGUUGACAGACUUUAACAAGAAUGAUGGCUCAACAGUCAAGGUUCCAAUGAUGAAGGCUUUGUUGAGAGCAAAAUAUGGUUAUUUCUCUGAGUCAUUCAUGACAUGCCAGGUUUUAGAAUUGCCUUACAAGGCUGAUGAAUUUAGUUUAGUCAUCAUACUUCCCGCAGAAGAUGUAAGCCUUGAAGAAGUGGAAAAACAAGUUACUGCUCAUCACAUCGGGAGAUGGUUCUCUGAGCUACAUGAGCAGGAAGUGGACGUCAGCCUGCCUCGAUUUAAAAUAGAACAAAAAUUGGACUUCAAGGAAGCACUAUUUUCUCUAAAUGUAACUGAGAUAUUUAGUGGAGGCUGUGACCUUUCUGGAAUAACAGAUUCAUCUGAAGUAUAUGUCUCCAGAGUCAUGCAGAAAGUUUUCUUUGAGAUAAAUGAAGAUGGAAGUGAAGCUGCAACAUCCACAGGCAUAAACAUCCCUGCGAUUAUGAGUUUAACUCAAACUCAGUUUCUAGCAAAUCAUCCAUUUCUGUUUAUUAUGAAACACAUCCAAACAGAAUCAAUUUUGUUUAUGGGAAGAGUGACAGAUCCUGACAUCCAAACAAUGAAAGGGAGAGAUUUAGAUUCACUGUGAAUAAGAAUCAUGGGCUUGAAAAUUUCCUACCAUUUUCUGAUUAAAACUGUGCCAAUAAAACAAGUAA